UGUAGGAACAACACUGACACUUUAAAACAGGUCACUGUCCCUUUAAGACGCGCUGCAGAAGGAAACAGGAAGUUGUGUGUCAUGAACAUUUAACACAAAGAAACAAAAACGAAAGAAAUUGUGUGACAUGGCGGGGAUUAAAGCUCUGGUCAGUUUGUCCUUCAGUGGUGCCCUUGGAUUGACCUUUUUGCUUUUGGGCUGUGCAUUAGAGCAGUAUGGAGUCUACUGGCCUCUGUUCGUACUGAUGUUCUACGUGAUCUCGCCGUUGCCGUACUUCAUUGCCACCAGGUGCGGCGAUGACACUGAUUCCUCGAGCAAUACGUGCAGGGAGCUCUCACAUUUCCUGACCACAGGGAUCGUGAUCUCGGCGUACGGGCUACCUGUCGUGCUGGCUCGUACAGAAGUGAUCAAAUGGGGAGCCUGUGGCCUGGUGAUGGCAGGAAACAGUGUCAUCUUCAUCACCAUCCUUGGUUUCUUCCUGGUGUUUGGUGGCAGCGAUGACUUUAGUUGGGAGCAAUGGUAAAGUCGUGAUCGGCGACGGGUUGCCAGAUUGACAGGGCUUCCUAACGUCUGCUUUUGUAGAGGGGAGGGAGUGGGUGCAAUACGGGAACAUUAAGGCUGAGCUUCAUUAGUAUCGUUAAUGGAAGUGUUGUUGAGUUGAAGAAAGAAGGAGCUUCGGUGUCUCACUUGUGUUUCACUGAGUCACGACUCUCGAUUUAUGUCGACACACUUGACAUAAAUUCCUGGGAGGGAUAAUGGAUGUGAAAAAAUAAUGCACUCACUUCACGCUAGAUUCAUAAUCAACACUAUUUUCAAAUAAUUGCUUAAAUAUUCGUAUUCUUGUUAUUUUCUAACUAUAUACAUGUUUGCUGACUUCAAAUGGUUCAAGACACCUAGAACUUUCCAGAUAAACCCCCCAAAAAGCUACAGAAAUGUGGGUACAUUAAUUUAAAAAAAAAAAGAAAACACACGUGAUGACGUAAAGCAUAAAGGAUCUCUGUGUGAAGACAAAGCUUCUGUCAUAUCAGUAUGUCCCUCACUGCCCUUUAGCUAUAAAGAACUCUUUUAUAGCUUAUAAUUCAGACAUUUGGCUUAACAAAGCUUCUCAUUUAGGCUUAUUAUUAAUAAUCUAUUCACAAGUUCUCACCACGACACGCAGCUCGGGCUUGUGGUUAACGGCCCUCCUUCUCAAUGUAAAGAUAAAUGACUCGUCUCUGUCUAGCUUCAGGCUGCUGUUCCAGUUUCACGUUUGUUUAACUCUCAUCUAUUCGUAUUUCCUAUGACAAUGAAUCAUAUUCAAGUGACUCUGAUUCAGUGUACACUGAACAGUCAAUACAUCUCUUUAAUACCAGGAUUGCAUUUAAAUGUCUGUCACAUAAACAAUUAUUUACUGUUUAAAAUGACUCUCUGAUGAUUUAAUAACAGACUCAUUUGCAUUUACGCUGCAUUUGUAUGUACGCCGUCUUGCUUGUGAUUCAUGUACAUGUUUCAGAAUCAUUUGCAUUUGAUUCAGAAUCAUUUGCAUUCGAUUCACUCGAAUGUAUUCACCUCACACAAGUGAAAGGUGGUAAAUUAUAACCCGUCCAUAUCGCUGACAUCAACCAAACUAAUUCUACAUCUUUAAUUGUUUAACCUAAGCCUUAAAGCCUUUAUCGUUCUGCAUUUACAUAAAAACUAAUAAAGCUCAAGCCUUCCUCCCUCAUCAUCAUAGUGUAUUUAAUGAAAACCGAGAAGGAGUAUUGAAGGGAAAAGCCAUAGCAAUUGAUAUGUUUAAAUUAAAAUAGCCUGGGUGUUGGGUCUCAUAUACAUAUAUAUAUAUAUGUGUAUGUGUAAUUGUUUUUUUCUUAACCACAGUUCAAUGUCCUUUGUGUGUGUGUGUGUGUUUGUGAUAGUAAGCAAUAAAGCACUUGUAUAUUGA